AGUGCUACAGAUGUAUCCAUGGCCACCAUGUCCAUCAGCUGCUACUAAAUCCUUCCACCAUGGUCCAGGUCACGCUCCGAGGCUGGAAGUCUGGACCAAGUGUGCAAGUAGGAGAGCCCAAAGGAAAUGGGCGUCGAGGGCUUCUCCCAGAAUGCGCGCGCCGUUCCUCCUCCUGCCUUUUUCCCAGAUUUUGGAAGAAGAGGGCAGCGUCCGCUCGACAGAGGAGGAGAGGAGCGCGAAGGAGAGCGAAGAGAACGAAGGGCCUUUCGUUGCCCAGCAACUCGAACGGUGAACGUGAGGGACACAGUGCUGCAGUGUUGCCGUGCCAAAGCAAGACUUUUCCCAGCUCCUUUUCUGGGACAUGUGUUCCUAAACAGUCUAUUUCUGUGAAGGGGAAAAACAAGCUUUGGUUAAACAUCGUCUCCUCCGCACCCUGUCGCCAUCAGGACCCGGUGGCUUAACUCCAGUUCGCAAUGGCUUUCCUGCUGAUAUCUGUGACCCUCGUACACCUUGUGACCUUGGCCAUGCUCUUCAUUGCUACCAUGGAGAAGUCCUGGUGGGUGUGGGCCGACACGGAGAACUCGGACCUGUGGUAUAACUGUGUAACCGAUAACGUCACUGGCAGCUGGCUGUGUGCCUCCGUUAAAGAAAACGAUUGGCUCCAGGCUAUGCAGGUUCUGAUGGUGCUGUCUGUCAUCUUCUCCUCCAUCUCCUUCCUGGUCUUCAUGUGGCAGCUUUUCACCAUGUCCAAAGGAGGCCUCUUCUAUUUCACUGGCCUGAGCCAGGUGUUUGCGGGUCUCACAGCGUUCACUGCCACCCUCAUCUACACCCUCCGGCACAGGGAGAUUCUGGAGGAGUCACGGCCGCUCUCCGGGGAGUUCGGCUACUGCUUCAUCCUGGCAUGGGUGUGUGUGCCAAUCCUGCUGUGCAGCGGGGCGCUGUAUGUCCAUUUGCGCAAGAGAGAGUGACCUUCAUCGCUCGUUUACUCUCCGUAUUUGACAUUCCGUUGUUUCUCUCGUUGGCUUACGAGGAAAUUCACAUUUAUUUAUUUAGCAGAGGAAAGAAUCGCGACAUAAAUGCCGGUUCUCUGACUCAUUGCCAAGUAGAUCUGCUGUCAGGAAUAGCGACAGGUUUGUAGUUUAUAAAUGUCUGCACCUGCAAAAAAUAUUCGCUUAAUUUUGAAUUUUAGUCCUUUCAUACUUAUAAUCGCAAGAAGAGACAAUGAAUACAGGAAUAUAUGUUUGCUGGAUGCUUUAAAAGUUCAAAACUCGUCUCACCGUAGAAAAAAUAUACACACACACAUUUG